AAUUAUUGUCCGACGUAAAAUCCACGCGUGUGUCGUAUAUAAGAUGUUGUCCUCGUGCGAGAGCUUCAGUCGUUCUUGAUUCUCCGACUAUCGAGAUAUCGGUGAGACAGACAAACAAGAAAGGAUAUUGUGAGUGAUAGACGAAUAAUCAUUCGAUCGCAAAAGUGAAAAUCAUCGUCAUGAGAAUGUUCAAGUGUUUGGUGCCAGUGGUGGUACUGCUGUUGAUCAAGGAUUCCUCUGCGAGACCUGGACGAUUAGGCGAUCUAGUCAAUACUGGCAUCGGUUUGUUGGAUCCGUUGGGCAUUUUGGGAUCAAAAAGUAAUAGUAAUGCCCAGGCUAGUAGCAAUGCUCAAUCGUUAGCAGGAAAUUUGAAUUUCGGACCAAUCGGAAUCGGUGGUGGAUUCUCCUCUUCUUCAGCACAGGCCUCGUCAUCAGCACAGGCAAAUGGCGCUGGUUUGGCUUCGGCUUCAGCAAAAGCGAAUGCUGAAGCCAGUGCCAAUGGAUAUGGCGGAUAUGGUGGUUCCAAUGCGAAUGCAAAUGCGCAAGCCAAUGCCAAUGCCAAUGCACAAGGUUCUGUGGGAAAUCCCGGGGGGUAUCUUUCUGGGGGAAAUAGCGUGAACAACGGUUAUUAUCCCCAUCAAGUCACUCAACCGAGUUACGGAAGUUACGGUGGCUCUCAGUCCAGUGCUAACGCUAAUGCCAAUGCGAAUGCCAACAGCAAUGUCGGAGUAGGUCCGAUUGGCCAUUCUUAUUAUCCUUCCGGACUCAAGACGAUCGGUAAUGCUAACGCUAACGCUAACGCUCAAGCGAACGCGGCUGCAAAUGGCGGCGGGGUAAAUGUGAUACCCAACAAACAUCCUGGCGGAAGGAUAGAUAAAAUAGAAGUUAUUCCCGUGAACACGUUACCGCUCGCUCAGCCAACACCAUCUGUAUUUCAACCUCGUCCAAUUCCCGGGGGCGGUAAAGGAGGAGCCGUGAUACCAAUUGUGAUUGUCGAGGAAUCAUCCCCGCGGUAUCCGCCGUAUCACCACCCACGUCCUCAUCAUCCCCAAUCUCAACCGCCGUACGGUAAACCGAAGCAACAGCCCAUCGAGAUCAUCGUCAUCGAGGAGACAGUGCCUAGUAAGCCAGGUGGUGGACAGGGCGGUGCCCAUGGAACUUCGUAUCCUCAUCCCGGAUAUGAAGGCAACCCGUUUUUAUCGGGCGGCGCAAGUAACGCUAACGCUAAUGCCAACGCUCAAGCAAAUGCAGGCGGUAACAGCGGAGGUAUCUUAGGAGGACACGGUGGAAAUUAUCAACACGGUGGAUAUCAACAUGGUGCCCAGCUCAACGGUUACCCAGAAUCAGGGACCAUUGGUACCAACAACCCGUUCUUGAAUGGUGCAAUUUCCGCUGAAGAGCUUAAUACCAAUGUCAAUUCCAAUGCUGGUGGAGAGAAACCGAUAGGCUUGAAUAAUCCCUUCCUCACUGGUGGCGUAUCUCACAAUGUUGGCGGAGGAAUACAUUCUCAACCUCCCAAUGUUUUGGGUGAGAAACCGGGAGGCAUUACUACCACCUACCCGGGACAAUCCGGAGUAGCAUUUCCAGGUCCGCUCGGAAGCAAUGCUGGCGCGAACGCCAAUGCCAAUGCCGGUGCUGGAGCCGGUAAUGUUGGAGGAGGAUUCGGACCGAUUAAACAAACUCCGAUAUCUGGCUCAGGCGGAUACGGUGGUUCUUCAGGAGUUUCUGGAGGUUACGAAGGUCACGGAACUGGCCCGAAUUACGGUGGACAAGGACAAUUCGGAGGACAAGGCGGUGCUUCGUCUGGUGCUAAUGCCAAUGCUAACGCUGGAGCCGUCGGUGGAAGUAGCGGAGGUGUUCUCAGAGGAUCUGGAGGUCACGGAGGAUACGGCGGAGGUACCAUAGGUGGUCAAGGCACUGGUGGAUUUGGAAAUGGUGGCGGAACCGUUAUCGGAGAUUAUUAUGGUAAAGGCUCUUCCGGUGCCAACGCUGGUGCCAAUGCUGGCGCUGCCGGUCAUGGAACUGUUCUCGGAGGUCACGGAGGAGGCUUAUCUAGUGGUGGACAUGAAGGAUAUGGCGGAAGUAACGCUGGUGGUCAAGGCGGUGGAUAUGGAAACAGUGGGAAUGCUUUUGGAGGACAUGGUGGACAUGGUUCUUCCGGUGCCAAUGCUGGCGCUAAUGCUAACGCUGGAGCCGUUGGUGGAAGCAGCGGAGGCGUCCUUGGAAGACCCGGUGGACACGUCUCUGGAGGUCACGGAGGAUACGGAGGUGGUCAAGGCAGUGGUGGAUUUGGAAAUGGUGGCGAAACCGUUAUCGGAGAUUAUUAUGGUAAAGGUUCUUCCGGUGCCAACGCUGGCGCAAAUGCAAAUGCCAAUGCUGGCGCUGCCGGUGGUCAUGGAACUGUUCUCGGAGGAGGCUCACCUAUUGGUCUUGGUGGACAUGGAGGUUCUGCCGGAUCGAACGUCGGUGGAUAUGGCGGUAGCUCUUCCAAUGCUAAUGCCAAUGCUAAUGCUAAUGCCAAUGCUGGAAGUUCUGGUGGUGUCCUUGGUGGAUAUGGAGGUGGUGUUAAAGGAACAGGACAUACCGGAGGAUAUGGUGGUCAAGGUGGAUUUGGAGGAGUCGGAGGAGGCUCAAGUGCCAACGCGCAGGCAUCUUCCAAUGCGAUCGCAUCCGGUGGUGGUUCAUCCAAAGCUGACGCCACGUCCAGCGCGCACUCCAACGGUGGAUCAGCAUCCGCAAAAGCCGACGCGCACGCAUCUAGCAAUGCCUCUUCGGGAUCUUACGGUGAUAUAACAUCGAAAACUUCCGCGUCGAGCCAAGCGUCCGCCUCGGUCGACACUAGGGAUAUGCUAAUCUUCGCUUAAACAUUGUGAUACGACGAGCCGAAUCGACGAGGAGGUACUCGAAGCUCCUCGGUCACAAGAACGACAUAAUACUCCAAUUUAUAUUUGACGUUUCCGCAAACAAUCCGGUGAAUAUGUCACAUUGUCCAAUUUUAUGUCGGGGACUACAUUAAGUUAAUUCUUGAAAAACUAGAAGAUUUAUUGUAAAAACUGCCCGUUCAUAGGCACUCAAAUUUAUAAUCGCGAGUUAUAAAUUUCAGCGCAGUUUUAGAAAUCACGAUUGUAAAUUAGAGCUCUCUCCUCGAAGUCAGAAUUAAUUCGAUUUUGAAAAUAGAUAAACACUCUUGAGCAUUUAUUAGAAAAUGUGUGUGAAGAUACUUAGGUACUUAUAUGUAUUCGUAUUGCGAAUUGCGUCGGAAGUAGAUUGAAUGUUGCUUCUCUCGAUGAAGUGCGCUAAAAAAUUACAAUAUUAGAAAUUUAAGACAAAAAGAUUCUUUGGCUACGUACAGAAAUGUAAUCUAUAGACGAAGCCAGUCUUUGAAUUAAUUGGUUGGUAAUGACGUGAUCUGUCUCAAACUAAAUCACUUUUAUACUCAUCCGAAAUCCGAAUCUUACGAUAAUCGAAAUGAUUUGAAUAUACAUAGCAUAAUAUAUUAAGACGCAAUUAAAGAUUUUAAUUUAAUACUCCCUAUAUAUUUAUAAGUGUACUUAAAUUAUAUAUAAUUAAUUACAUGUAGAUCGCCUCUUUUGAACUCUGGAUCUGUGAUUUACAUGAAACGUGCCAAUAAGAUAAUUAUAAUAAAGAUAUUAUAUACAAAAUUUUUAAUGCAAAUGUGUAUGCUCAAUUAAAUAAAAAAUCCCAAUUAAAGUAAUUCCAUGCGAUUUAUCUUUCACUUUCACAGUUUUAUGCAAUAUUUCUUUGCUAUAUGUAAUGCAUCGAUUUGAGACUAAGAAAUUAUUGACUAUUGAUUGUGAAAUUAUUGAUUGUGUUGAUUAUCACUUCAGAUCCCGAGGAAUAAAUGCGAUCUCAACUGUGCCACUCAUAAGAGUAAUACUCAACGAACAAAGUGAGCGUGCUUAUGUCCUCAUGUAUUUUUGGGAUUUUUCGGAAAAUAACAGCAUUCGUGAUCGGUAAAUUUUUCUCUCUUUGUCUUUACUCUCACGAUGGCAGGCAAUGUCGGAAACAACGGAGAUCAAAAACUCGUCGAACAUGUUUCUGCGAGAGUAUGAGGAAAAACGGAAGAGAGAAUUGUGAAGAUGCGAAGAGAAAAAGAUAGAGAAAGAGAGAACAAUGAAGAAAGAGAACCAAAGAGAGAGGAAUGAUACAGAGAGAAUUAAUCAUGACGUAUAUGAUGUUUGUCCGAUCCCGCGAAUUCUUACGCGAUUGUCGUCAAUUAAUAUGUAAUUAUUGAUAAUAGCUUUUUACGUUACGCGUGUCAUUUCUUUAGGGAUUUCCCAGAAUUAUCGUUUAUUAUCACGCGUUAUCGUUUUAUAUUUUGUAUGUAUUUAAUGGGCUUGACGUCAUUUUUUGCCUAUUAUGCACUCUUAUGUAAUAUAUUAUUGCGUGACAUGCGAGUAUGUAAGAAUUCAAUAAAAUUUGUGAUCUUUUCGAUAU